UUUGAAUACCAUUAUUUAUCUUUUGACAAGGCUCACCAAAUCAGCUACCAAGUUCAUACAUGGUACAAAGCUUUAGCAAGUUGUCGAAUUUCAUCCUACAAUUGAAUUUUCUCUUUACUAUUUCAAAGUUUGAAUGCUCCUCUGUUUUCUUCGUUGGUUCAUUGAGAAAAAAGGAACAGACUUUUUACUUGUGCCAUUGACCAAGAACCACAAAGAGGAGGAAAUCAAAUGGUUUUUGGGAGUUUGAUGGAUUGAUUGAUUAUUCAGCAAAUCCCACAGAAGAAAUCAGAAGCUGCUUCUUAUUUUUUGGUCACGACCAGUCUUAAUCAAAGUAGUUCGUCUCCUACUUGUUAUUAAAAGUGUAUAUUUCUGUUGGGAGUUUCUGUUCUCCUACCACCUCAUUGACCUUUAAUGAUGGACUCAUAGUUUGGUGCCAAGUGACCCAAAAAAAAAAAAAAAAAAGUCGAUCUUGAAGAUUUCAUACUUUUUCUGGCAAUUCUGUUUGGUUUCAGAGGAAGGAGUCAAAACAAUGGGGAUCGUUUCAGAAGAAGCCAUUGAUGAAUUCCAAGAGCUGAUGGAUCAAGGUCUGACCUUUUCCUCUUACCUUUUCCUCUGUUUCUACUUUGAGAUUUCUAAUUAGUUAAUUACUGAAUCUGGUAAAUUUGUGCUAGUUGAGGAGCCACUGAAGAAAACUUAUGAGAGAGUCCAUCAGGGAUAUCUAAGGGAGAAUUUGGGUCGUUUUCUGAAAGCACGAGACUGGAACGUAUGCAAAGCUCACACAAUGCUGGUUGAGUGUUUGCGUUGGAGGGUGGAUAAUGAAAUUGACAGUAUCCUAUCUAAACCAAUUGUUCCUACUGAGUUGUAUAGGGAUGUACGAGAUUCUCAACUCAUAGGAAUGUCAGGUUACACCAAAGAGGGCUUGCCGGUCUUUGCUAUUGGCGUCGGCCUCAGCACAUUUGACAAAGCUUCUGUUCACUACUAUGUCCAAUCUCACAUACAAAUCAAUGAAUAUAGAGACCGUGUUUUACUGCCUUCUAUUUCUAAGAAGAAUGGGAGGCCAAUCACCACCUGCGUCAAGGUUCUAGACAUGACGGGGUUGAAGCUUUCAGCUCUAAGCCAAAUCAAGUUAGUGACUAUCAUAUCGACCAUUGAUGAUCUCAACUAUCCAGAGAAGACAAACACGUACUAUGUUGUGAACGCUCCAUAUAUAUUUUCCGCAUGUUGGAAGGUUGUAAAACCUCUUUUACAAGAGAGGACAAGGAAAAAAGUUCAUGUCUUAUCCGGUUGCGGAAGGGAUGAAUUAUUGAAGAUUAUGGACUUCACAUCCCUGCCACAUUUCUGUAGAAGUGGAAGCUCUGGGUCAUCUCACCACACUCAGAGCGCAAAUUGUUUUUCUAUCAAUCAUCCCUUCCAUCAACAGCUAUACAACUAUGUGAAGCACCAUUAUGAAACCCAAGGACAAGCAGAACCUGCAAAGCAAGGAUCAUUCCACGUGGGUUUUCCUGAGCCUGAAGCUGAACGUUGUGUGAUAGCCAAAACCAUAGAAUCGGAGCUGCACAAGUUUGAGAACCGCAACGGUCUGGCCGUGUCCAUUGAUGACAGAAAAUCCAGUCAUGAAACACUGGCAAAUGGUGACCUCUGAAUGCUUCUGAGGGAAUUCCUUCAGUGCCUCCACAACUGAGAUAUAUAUUUUACAGGUGAGCUAGCAAUUCAAAUGAGUAAGGGAGUACUGAGCUGUGUCCGCUCCCUAGCCAUGCAAAUGUAAAGCGAAAAGAAGAGAAUAAAUCUUGAACUGAAUGCACUUCUGGUUUUAUGUAUAGUAUUAUUUGAUCCUCUAAUGUAGCAAAUUUAUUUGUGGGAAAUCUACCUCUCAUUUCCCUAAGCAUCUGUGUUUUUGGUGUUUGAUCUGCUCUUUGGCUGAACAACAACAGUUUAGGAAACAGCUAUUGCACACUUGUCUUGGGAAAUCUACCGCUCAUUUUCU